GCACACUUCGGCGGCCCGUUUAACACCACGCCCCUCCGCUCCCAUCCCCACUGCGACUCAUCCACAAUGGCCGACAACAUCCCGGCCAAGUUCAAGGCCUUCAAAAUAGCCCCCUUCGCCAAACUCGCCGCCCAGUACGACCACCUCGAGCUCAAGGACCCAGAGCACGGGGACCCAGAGCACGAGGACCCAGAGCACGAGGACCCCAAGCUCGAGCGCCGCGGGCGCAUCAUAGCCUUCUGGCUGCGCUUCUACAUUGCGGAAAAGAUCCUCCCCUCCAAUCUCCACGAGACCGACGCAGAAUGCGGCGAAUACGCGACAAAUCUGAUGGAGAAGCUCGAGCAGACCCGGAAAAUGUACCCCGAUGAGGAUGCCCUGAAACGAUAUAACGCUGCCGCGCCCAAAUUCUGCAAACGCUUUGCUCUGCAUAUCUUUGAAAAAGCAAAUAAGGAAAUGGCAACAGGCCACGCUUCGGAAGACACCGCGGACACCUUUCAACGCGCUGCGAACCUCCUCGAUAUGUUGGCAAUAUGGGAGGAAGACCCCGAGCCCGAUAUCAAGUCGAAACGGAAGGCCGCAAAAUACCACGCCAUUCGCAUCCUAAAAGCCCUCCGUGCAGGCGAAGACCCCAACCUCACGAAUCCCGUCCACGAACCAUCAUCUCCACAAGCAGCGUCUCCUUUCGCCCUCGACCCAAACGACCCAGAAGUUCUAAACAUAAUCCAGGGCAUCGAGAAGCCGCCCAUGCAGAACCCGUACCAGUCAUACGUGGAAUCUGCACCUAAUACCGACGCGCAGCCGUCACCAACAUUCUCUGCACCGAAAGUUUCUCCGCCGCCGAACCUUCCUUCAGCACCCACAGGGUAUGGCUCGCACCGCGAUGUAUCGCCCAUGUCGCAUCCGGCUGCGUCUCGUCAGGGCUCCGUAGAUUCGGCAGGUGGGGGAUAUUUUCCAAGGGCCAAUGUCCCAACCUUUACGGCAGACAAUGCGGCGCCUGGCCUGCCAACUGCGCCUUCCCUAGAGGACGAACCAAUGACCACCCCAUUCGAGACCUCAUCUCUGCCGACAGGGUCUGAGAUGCCCCAAGCACCACAAGUCCCCGACCCGCAGAACUUCUAUCAAAAUGCAACAUUGCCGCCGCAAAAUAUGUUUCAGCAGGCCCCACCGCGGUCCGGUUUCGCAUCACCGCCGCCGCCGACAUUCCGAGCUCCGUCACAGCCACAAUAUAAUCAUUCGCCUCAACCGCCGCAACCCCCUCAGCCAGCGCCAAUGACAACCCAGGUCUUUCAUCAGGACCCUAUUAGGACUGACGAAGAGUCGGUGCUCGAAGCUCAGAAGCACGCUAAGUGGGCAAUAUCUGCGCUAAACUUUGAGGAUGUAAAUACCGCUGUCAAAGAGUUGAGGGUAGCUUUGAGAGCUUUGGGUGCCAACUAGAGCCAAGGCCAUGUAGGAUAUGAUCCUGAGGGAGCUGGAUAAUCUUCUCCUAGUAGGAUUCGUUGUAUACCCCGGGACAGCGCAUAGAUAUACGAUGAUGAUUGUACGCUGAAACGAAAUCCAAUGCGAAGAAUACCAGUAGAGAAUCCCAC